GCGUGCUUUUAUAUCUGCUCGUGUGUGUUUGUGUGUGUGUGUGUGUCUGUUUUGCGUGUGCAGUAACAGCGACGGCCCACCCCCGAACUUAAUGAGCAAAAUGAGCAUGUUCUUCAACCGAGUGCCGUUGUUCAGCUGCUUUAGCGGCAACAGCGAAAGCUGCGAGGAGCUGUUGCCCUUGAAUGGGGCCGUGCGCAAGGAGCCCGUUAUCCUGAAUGUCUACGAUUUGUUUACUAUCAACGAAUAUGUGACGCCACUCGGACUGGGCAUCUUUCACACCGGCAUUCAGGUGUAUGGGACAGAGUACACCUUUGGCGGCCAUAGCCUGAGCAACACGGGCAUCUUUGAGCUGCCGCCGCGCAGUGCUCAACAAGAGUUGGGCCAAAACUUCCACUAUCGCGAGAGCAUCCACCUGGGCCACACACACCUCAGCCGCGACGAGGUGCGUCGCAUUGUGGAUCAGCUGGGCUGGCAGUUCAGUGGCAACAGCUACCAUCUGACCAGCCACAAUUGCAAUCACUUCUCGGAUGCAAUGUCUCGUAUCUUGUGUGGCCGGCAGAUACCGGGCUGGAUCAAUCGGCUGGCCCACUUCGUUGGCUGUGUGCCGUUCCUUGAGCGCUGCUUGCCCCCUGAUUGGCUGACACCCAUGUAAGUGGGCGUGACAGCAGCAGGGGCAGCCAAACAAACCGAGG